UAGGGUUUAUACCAAAGCAGGCAAUAGUUACAUCCGUUGUGCUCUGUUUUUCCCGGCAAAUUGGCGCAAACCACCUCCUCAUUCUUCCUCUCACUACGCCGCGGCGGCGGCGGAGGAAGCUCCGGCAGUAGGUAGUAUUUUCCGGCGACGUUUCUCAGUGUCUGCGUUGACUCCAGUUCCAACGAUGAGCUCUCAGCCGACGGCGGCGGGGUUGGAGUGGCCGGCCAGAAAGGUCCGGGAUACUUUCCUCCAGUUCUUCAAAAGCAAGGAUCACAAAUGUGUCCAAUCCAGCCCUGUUGUUCCUCACAAUGAUCCGACGCUCCUCUUUGCCAAUGCAGGCAUGAAUCAGUUCAAGCCUAUCUUUCUAGGAACCGUGGAUCCUAACACUGAAUUGGGGAAAAUGAAGCGCGCAUGUGAUACGCAGAAGUGCAUCAGAGCUGGUGGGAAACAUAAUGAUCUUGAUGAUGUUGGCAAGGACACUUAUCACCAUACCUUCUUUGAGAUGCUUGGUAAUUGGUCUUUCGGAGAUUAUUUCAAAACAGAGGCCAUUCAAUGGGCUUGGGAACUUCUCACAAAGGUAUAUAAGCUGCCUGCUGAUCGGAUUUAUGCUACUUAUUUUGGGGGUGAUGAGAAGUCUGGUCUUCCAGCUGACACUGAGGCUAAAGAACUCUGGCUCAAGCUUCUUCCCCCUGAACGUGUUUUGCCUUUUGGUUGCAAAGACAACUUCUGGGAGAUGGGAGAUACUGGACCUUGUGGACCUUGCACAGAGAUUCACUUUGAUAGAAUUGGAAACCGUGAUGCUGCAUCAUUCGUUAAUAAUGAUGACCCUACUUUGAUUGAAAUAUGGAAUCUUGUAUUCAUUCAGUUUAACAGGGAAGCUGAUGGCUCUUUGAAACCUCUUCCUGCUAAACAUGUUGACACUGGAAUGGGUUUUGAAAGACUAACUUCUAUACUCCAGAACAAGAUGAGCAAUUAUGACACAGAUGUUUUCCUCCCCAUAUUUGAUGCCAUACAAAAGACAACUGGGGCUCGACCAUACUCUGGCAAAGUUGGGUCUGACGAUGCUGACAAAAUUGACAUGGCUUAUAGAGUUGUAGCUGAUCACAUCCGAACUCUUUCUUUUGCUAUUGCUGAUGGUUCUUGUCCAGGUAAUGAGGGUCGGGAAUAUGUCCUAAGGCGCAUCCUUCGACGUGCAGUGCGAUAUGGUACGGAGGUUCUUAAAGCUGAACAAGGUUUCUUCAACAGACUGGUAACAGUGGUAGUGGAUGUGAUGGGUGAUGUCUUUCCAGAGCUGAAGCAACAUGAAGCACACAUAAGGGAUACAAUUGCUGCCGAAGAAGCCAGCUUUGGCAAGACUUUGCUUCAUGGAAUUGAGAAAUUUAAGAAAGCUGCUCAAGAUGUUCAGGGGAAGCUAUUUAGUGGCCAGGAUGCAUUUGUCUUGUGGGACACUUAUGGCUUCCCCUUAGAUCUGACCCAGUUAAUGGCAGAAGAAAGAGGUUUUACGGUUGAUAUUGAAGGUUUUAAUGUUGCAAUGGAUGCUGCUCGGGAGAGAUCAAGAAGUGCUCAGAAUAAGAAUACUAGUGGUGAUAUUGUUAUGGAUGCUGAUGCGACUGCUGCAUUGCACACGAAAGGGAUUGCAGUUACAGAUGAUAUUUUUAAGUUUACUUGGUUUCAGGAUCAUGACACUGAGAUAAAAGCUAUUUACACAGGAUCUGAGUUCUUGGGAAGUGCAAGUGCUGGUGAUGAAGUUGCAAUUAUUCUUGAAAGCACAAGUUUUUAUGCUGAGCAAGGUGGUCAGAUAUACGAUACUGGAUCUCUUGAAAGCGCUGCUGGAUCAUUUCAAGUACACAAUGUUCAAAUAUAUGGGGGGUUUGUUCUUCAUAUAGGUUCUUUCAAUGGAGAUAAUAGUAAAUUCUGUGUCGGUGAUAAAGUGAUCUGUAAGGUAGAUUAUGACAGGCGUACUCUCAUUGCACCAAACCAUACCUGUACACACAUGUUAAAUUUUGCACUAAGGGAAGUACUCGGUAAUCAUGUUGACCAAAAAGGCUCCAUCGUUCUUCCAGAGAAGUUAAGAUAUGAUUUUUCUCAUGGAAAGCCUGUGAAAGAUGAAGAGCUGAGAAAAAUUGAGUCUAUUGUUAAUGAGCAAAUUAAGGCUGAAUUGGAUGUGUUCUCAAAGGAAGCAACGCUGACUGAUGCAAAGCGAAUCAAAGGUCUUCGUGCUGUUUUUGGGGAAGUUUAUCCUGAUCCUGUUCGGGUUGUUGCGAUUGGUAGGAAGGUAGAAGAUCUCCUUACUAAUCCAGAAAAUGAUGAAUGGUUAUCAAUAUCUGCAGAACUCUGUGGUGGGACGCAUAUUUCAAAUACACGUGAAGCGAAGGCAUUUAGUCUCAUUUCCGAGGAGGGAAUUGCAAAGGGGGUUCGUAGAGUUACUGCUGUUACAACAAUUCGUGCUUUUGAAGCCAUGGAGCUAGCAUCCUCCCUUGAGCAGAAAGUAAAGGAGGCAUCAACUGCUGAAGAAAGUUUGCUAGAAGAGAAAGUGACUUCUCUAAAUGCUUUGGUGGAGAGGGCACAUAUUCCUGCAACCAAGAAAGCUGAUCUCAAGAAAGAACUCUCAAAGCUUCAGACUCAAGUGAUACAAGCGAAAAAGAAGAUUGCAUUAGAGAACUCUCAAAAGGUUCUGAAAGCUGCUUCAGAAAUAUCAGAAGUUGCUAGUUCUCAUGGAAAGACUUACUGUGUCUUGCGUGUCAGUGUUGGUUUGGACACAUCUGCUGUUCGUGAAGCAGUUGUUAAAGUCAUGGAACAGAAGGGAAUGCCCGUUCUGAUAUUUAGCACAGACGAAGCAGCAAACAAGGUUUUAGUCUGUGCGGGUGUGCCUGAAAAAAGUGACAGUUGCCGUCAAUUGAAUGUAAAAGAUUGGCUGAAUGCGGCUUUGAAGCCCUUAGGAGGUAAGGGCGGAGGAGGAAAAGGUGGUCUUGCUCAAGGGCAGGCAACCGGUUUGUCACAUGUAGAUGAUGCAAUGGACGUGGCUACAUCAUUUGCUGCCAUGAAACUGAGUUAACCUCACAAGCGUGUACCACUUCAGUUGAAGACAAUAAUUCAAAAAUAUUGCCAGAGGCAAAGAAAGUAUUAAAAGAUUGAUGCAAUAUAUUUGAUGUGUUGUUAUAGAACAAUUUCCACAAUAUAUAUUCAAAAUGCAAAUGCACUAUAAAGAAGUUGAAAAAAAAAAGAGUAUAAUUGGGGUA